AUGGCGAUGCUGGGCUUGCAGCAGCAGGAGCAGCAGCAACAACAGCAACAGCAACAGCAACAGCAGCAGCAGCGCCUGCAGCAACAUGUCGCAGCGUCGAGCAGCAGCAGCAGCAGCAACACCAGCAGCAGCAGCAGCAGCAAAGACAGCAGCAGCAGCAGCAACACCAGCAGCAGCAGCAGCAGCAAAAACAGCAGCAGCAGCAGCAGCAGCGGGGUGCUGCUUCAUCUACAACAACAAUAA